UUAUCACUGGAACUAAACUUUUCCGAGCCACUAUUACCGCUACGAAUGAAUGGCAGCAUGUCGAGCCUGUGCCCAUCACCUGAUGAUGAUCGGCUUAGCAACUUGCCUGUGGCACUGAAACAGACCAUCCUUGACCUUGUGCCUGUUCGUGAUGCCGCGAGAACAUGUAUUUUGUCGAAAGCUUGGAGGGAGACAUGGACAAUGCGAUCCUGCCUGGUUCUGAAUAAGCUGUUUUACUUGCAAGUGAUUAGUAACAAAAACGAAGAAGCAGAGCAGCUGUCUGCAUUUUCAUCAGCACUCGACAAGAUCUUUGCGGUCCAAACUGGCCCCAUGGUGGACACUGAAAUCUACAUCCCGCCCAAACUUGAAAGCCAUCAUAUCCAUCACUGGAUUCAGCACUUAACAGAGAAGGAUGUUGAGGUGUUCAGACUUGAUAAUGCGGAAAACGAUGCUUGCUUAGUUCCCUCAGUUUUUUUCGAUUUUGCAAAGUUGAAAGUGUUAGAAAUUGAUAAGUGGAUACUGAGCCCCCCACCUGAAUCCAGAUGCUUCUCUAAUCUAGUCUCUGUUGAUCUUAUUCGUGUUUCGAUCUCUGCUCCUGUAUCAUUCAGGGCCCAACUGCAGGAUCUGGAAUUGCGCAUAUGCAAUGGCAUUAAACAUCUGGUCUUCACCAAUAUUAACAAUCUCAAAAGGCUAUAUAUGGUUCAUAGUCCAGAAAUAGAUUGGCGAUGGCUCGAAAAGGCAAAUGGCCUGGAACAAUUGACUCUGGUGCUGACCCCUGCAGAUUUCCACAAGAGUAAAUCAGUCAGUUUGAUCAGGCUUCUUAGCAAUAGUCCAGGACUCAGUGUCCUUUUCAUUCAUGGUUCACUCCUUGAGAUAUUGGGAGGCCCCCACACGAUGAGGACACAUGCAACAAGGAUGGUGAACUUGAAGAUACUGAAUUUGUGUUCCGUUUCAUUUAAGUUGUUUCGGAUUGCAAAUGGUCUUAGCUUGAUCAGAUGUCUUCCCAACUUGCAAAUACUUCUAGUAAAGCUGGAUUUCAAUGUGACGAGCUCAAAUCAUAUAAUCUCAAUAAUUGAAAGUCAUCUGGAAUCACAAUCCCGGAAAGAUGCAGUACUGGACAACCUUACAACUGUGCAAAUAUCUGGUCUAGUUGGUUUAAGAGCUGAGCUACUGUUUUCAAAGAUCUUACUCGCAUCUUCCCCAUCACUAGAAGACAUGUUCCUAUCCUUCAGAACAGAUGUUAGUUAUCCCAAUGAAAUAUUGAGGAUUAAACAAGAGUUCUCGAAGUUACCUAGAAAAUCCCAGAAAGCUGAACUUCUUUGGUGCAAUUAGCUGCUUGAGUUUUGGGGUGGAGUCUUGAGAGCUCUAUUUUACUCUUUGGUUGCAAGUGUUUGUUCAACUGUUGUUGACUUGUUAUGACUUAUGUACUGGCUUCUUAUGAUAAACUCCUAGAUUGACUUCA